UUUAAAGUACCCGGAUGUUUAUUCGUGUCCCUUCUUAGCAGGAAAACAACUGUUAAACUUGUCAACUAGCUACUGUCCGGACAAUAUACAUACCUCCUAAAAUUCUCAUACAUAAAUAUCUUUUGCGGGGACCUUCUGCCAACGCGAUGACAUCAUAAUUCUGCUCACUUUUCAAAAGAGUGGCGAUGACGUCAUAACGAUGGCGACUGUUCCCUUAGCAGAAUAGUGUGUACUUCACAGGACGCGGAGCCCAAGUCGGCUUCCCACUUGGCGAUGCCUCGGCUUCGUGUUUACUCUUCGAGUUGUCGUCUUUGCAGGAUGCGAGCGUGAAGCUCCUCGCCCGAAGCAUCUAAUUAGAGAAGGGAAAAAAAAAACUUUGUCGACUGGUUUGGACUCUUGCGAGCUUCCCCCAGACGUGCAAAAAUGCAGCUGAAGCAUCUGAAGACGCUUUUGACGCCUCAGGAGGCUUCAGCCAAAGUGACUUGCAUGGCUUGGGCCCCAAAUAACAGCAAAUUAGCCGUUUGCACCGUGGACCGAGUGGUGCUGCUGUACGACGAGCAGGGCGAGAGGAGGGACAAGUUCUCCACGAAGCCCAUCGACUCCAAGUAUGGGAAGCAGAGCUACGUGGUCAACGCCAUGGCCUUCUCGCCCGACUCCACCAGGAUCGCCAUCGGCCAGUCGGACAACAUCAUUUACGUGUACAGGAUCGGAGAGGACUGGGGGGACAAAAAAACCAUUUGCAACAAAUUUAUUCAGACGAGUUCCGUCACGUGUCUGCUUUGGCCAGCGGAGCAUGCGAUCGUUUAUGGUUUAAUGGAUGGAAAGGUUCGCCUGGCCAACGUUCAGACGAACAAGUCAUCGUCCAUCUACGUCACGGAGUCCUGUGUUGUAUCGUUGGCAUCCAACGUUUCUGGGAAAGGGAUUCUGUGCGGCCACGCCAACGGUAACAUUGUUCGCUACUUCUUUGACGACGAAGGCUCGGGUGAAUCUCAGGGGAAGCUUCUGACACACGUGUGCCCCCCUUACGCUCUGGCGUGGGGCGCCAACAGCGUUGUGGUGGGGGGCUGCGACAAGAAGGUGGUAGCCUACAGCCGCGAGGGUCACAUCCUGCAGACUUUCGAUUACAGCCGCGACCGCAGCGAGAGGGAGUUCACGGUGGCCGCCAGCAGCCCCAGCGGGCAGUCGGUGGUACUGGGCAGCUAUGACAGGCUGCGGGUGUUCAACUGGGCGCCUCGCAGGGGCGUGUGGGACGAGGCCAAGUCCAAAGAGAUCGCCAACCUCUACACCAUCACCAGCUUGGCCUGGAAGAGGGAUGGAUCUCGGCUUUGCGCUGGGACGCUGUGUGGGGGCGUGGAACUCUUUGACUGCUGCCUGAGGAGGAGCAUUUAUAAAAACAAGUUUGAAAUCACAUAUGUGGGCCUGAGCCAGGUCAUCGUGAGGAAUCUGUCGACAGGCGUCCGGUUGGUCCUCAAGUCGUACUACGGCUACGAGAUCGAGGAGGUGAAGAUCAUGGGCAAGGACCGCUACCUGGUGGCCCACACGUCCGACACCCUCCUGCUGGGCGACAUGCUGGCCAACAAGCUCAGCGAGGUGCCGUGGCCCGGUGGUGGGGGGAAUGAGAAGUUGUUUUUUGAAAACGAGUCGGUGUGCAUGAUUUUCAACGCCGGGGAGUUGAGCUUGGUCGAGUACAGCGACAACCAGGUGCUGUGCUCCGUUAGAACGGAAUUUAUGAACCCUCACCUCAUCAGUGUGCGUAUCAAUGAGAGGAAGCACAAAGGAGUUCAAGACAACAAAAAGCUUGCGUACCUGGUUGACCAAAAGACCAUCGCUGUCGUGGACCUCACGCUCGGCUCCACGUUGGGAACCGUCAGCCACGACUCCAAGGUGGACUGGCUGGAGCUGAACGAGACCGGCUGCAAGCUGCUCUUCCGCGACAAGAAGCUGCGGCUUCAUCUGUACGACAUCGAGAGCGGCGCAAAAAGCACGCUGCUCAGCUUCUGCUCGUACGUCCAGUGGGUGCCCGGCAGCGACGUGGUGGUGGCCCAGAACCGCGGGAACUUGUGCGUCUGGUACAGCAUCGACAGCCCAGAGAGCAUCACCAUGUUCCCCGUCAAGGGCGACAUCAAAGAUCUGGAAAGGGCGGACGGCAAGACGGACGUGCUGGUGACCGAAGGCGUCAACACGGUGACGUACACGUUGGACGAGAGCCUCAUCGAGUUCGGCACGGCGGUCAACGACGGCGAUUACGGAGCCGUCACGGCGUUCCUCGAGACUCUGGAGAUGUCGCCUGAGACUGAGGCCAUGUGGAAGACGCUCCGGAAUCUGGCGCUCGAAGCCCGUCAGGUGCACAUUGCAGAAAGAUGUUUUGCUGCUUUAGGCGACGUCUCCACUCUUCGUUACCUCCACCAAACAAAUCAAAUAGCGGAGAAAGUUUCAAAGGAAAUGGGUGGCGACGGGAUGAGCUUUUAUCAAGUUCAGGUCCGCAUGGCCAUGCUGGACAAGAACAUCGAGUUGGCCGAGAUGCACUACGUGGAGCAGAACGCCAUCGAUGAAGCCAUCGAGAUGUACCAGGAGCUCCACAUGUGGGACAAAUGCAUCGCGGUGGCCGAGGCUAAGGGCCAUCCGGAGCUGGAGACGCUGCGUGGGAAUUACUACCAGUGGCUGACCGACACCGGCCAGCACGAGAAGGCCGGCGAGGUGAAGGAGGGCGAGGGAGACUACCAGGGCGCCAUCAACUUGUACCUGAAGGCGGGGCUCCCGGCUAAAGCCGCCCGCCUGGCCGUCAGCCGGCCCGACAUCACCAACAACGGCGACACGGUCGGCCGCAUCACCGCCAGCCUCGUCAAGGCCGAGUACUACGAGCAGGCUGGCGACUUGUACGAGAAGACGCGCAACCACCAGAGAGCUCUGGAGUGCUAUUGCAAAGGAGCCGCUUUCAGCAAAGCCGUGGAGCUGGCUCGCCACUCCUUCCCCGCCGAGGUGGUGAAGCUCGAGGAGGCCUGGGGGGACUACCUGGUCCAACAGAAACAGAUGGACGCCGCCAUCACACACUUCAUCGAGGCUGGCUGCUCCAUCAAAGCGGUGGAGGCGGCCAUCGCAGCUCGCCAGUGGAAGAAGGCCGUCCACAUCCUGGAGCUCAGCGAGGACCCGGCUGGUGCCGUCUACUGCCUCAAGAUCGCCCAGCACUACGCCUCCUUGCAGGAGAUGGAGGUGGCCGAGCAGCUGUUCAUCAAAGCGGGCCACAUUAAGGACGCCAUUGACAUGUACACGGCUGCGGGAUGCUGGGAGAAAGCUCACAAGUUGGCGCUCAGGUGCAUGAGCAAGGAGGAAGUCACUGAGCUUUACGUGCGGCGCGCUCAGGAAAUGGAGCGGGACGGCAAAUUGAAGGAAGCUGAAAGGUUGUUUUCCACCGUCAACCAGUCGGACUUGGCCAUCACCAUGUACAAGAAGAAGCAGAAUUUCGACGACGUGGUCCGCCUGGUGGCCAAGCAUCACCCGGACCUGCUGACGGAGACCCACCUCCACCUGGCCAAGGAGCUGGAAGCCGAGGCCAAGUUCGCCGAGGCCGAACAUCACCUGAUGGAGGCCGAAGACUGGAAGGCCGCCGUCAACAUGUACCGACUUCGUGACAUGUGGGAGGACGCCUACAGGAUCGCAAAGAGCCACGGCGGCCCCAACGCUCAAAAGCAGGUGGGCUACCUGUGGGCGAGAAGUCUGGGCGGAGAGGCGGCGGUCAGGCUGCUCACCAAGUUUGGCCUGCUGGAUUACGCCAUCGAGUCGGCGUCAAACAGCUUUUUAUUCGAUUUCGCCUUCGAACUGGCUCGUCUUUCCAGCAAGGACAAGAUACCCGAGAUCCACUUGAAACACGCCAUGUACCUGGAAGAUGAGGGCAAGUUUGCAGAGGCGGAGCUGGAGUUCAUUAAAGCGGGAAAGCCCAAAGAAGCCGUGCACAUGUACGCGCACAACAAGGACUGGGCCGGCGCGCAGCGCGUGGCCGAGAGCCACGAUCCGGACAGCGUCCCGGAAGUUCUGCUGGGCCAUGCCAAGUUCUGCUUUGAACAGAAAGACUACCAGAAGGCUGAAGCCCUCCUGCUCCGAGCAGAGAGAUCCGACCUGGCUGUCAAACACUACAAGGAUGCGGACAUGUGGAGCGACGCCAUGCGCAUCUGCAAGGAGUACCUGCCCAACAAGCUUUCGUUUCUUCAGGAGGAGUACGAGAGGGAGGCCACCAAGAAGGGAAUGAGGGGCGUUCAGGGUCUGCUGGAACAGGCCCGGGAGUGGGAACAGUCGGGCGAGUAUUCCCGGGCGGUGGAGUGUUACCUCAAGAUGAAAGACGACCCCAACGCCGCCCUCAUGGAGAAGUGCUGGAUCAAGGCUGCCGAGCUGUCAAUCAAAUUUCUGGGGGAGGAGCGAGCGGUGAAGGUGGUUCAGGUUGUGGGACCUCGCCUGGCCCAGCUCAGGAAGUACAACACUGCCGCCGAGCAGUACUUGCACGUGGGCCUGAUCAAGGACGCCAUCGAUGUCCUCAUGGAGGGGGAGGAGUGGAACAAAGCCAAGAGGGUGGCCAAGGAUCUGGAACCCCGGUACGAGAGCUACGUGGACCAGAAGUACAAGGAACACCUGAAGAACCAGGGAAAAGUGGACUCUCUAGUGGGCGUGGACGUCAUGGCGGCUCUGGACAUAUACGCCGAGAGAGGCCAGUGGGACAAAUGUCUGGAGACGGCGUCCAAGCAGAACUUUAAGAUCCUCCACAAGUACGUGGCCUUGUACGCCACGCACCUCAUCAAGGAGGGCUGCGCUCCGAAGGCGCUGCAGCUCUACGUGCAGCACGGAGCGCCGCCCAACCCGCAGAACUUUAACAUCUACAAGCGGCUGUUCGUCGACAUGCUCCACCUCCCCGAGGCGUCGGAGCCGUACCGCACUUGGGCCGACCUCCGCAACAUUCUGCUGCAGCUGUGUGAAAACCUUUCCAAGUCAGCGGGCGAGAACUUUUCGUCUCACGACGACUUUGAGCAGAUGUUGCUGAUCUCACACUACUACGCCACCAGAGCCGCCACCAGUGGGCUGGAAGAGCUGACGAGCAUCUCGGCCAAGCUGUCCGUGUCUCUGCUGCGCCACACCGACCUGGUCCCUGCGGACCGAGCUUUCUACGAGGCCGGCCUGGCCUGCAGGGCAGCCGGCUGGGAGAACAUGGCCUUCAUCUUCCUCAACCACUUCCUGGACUUGUGCGAUGCCAUCGCCGACGGGACGCUGGACUCUCUGGAUCACUCGGACUUCUCCGACACGGACAUCCCCUUCGAAGUUCCCCUUCCCUCCAAACCUUGUGUCCCCGACCCCCAGCGGGAGGAGAUCCGCAACUGGGUCCUGACGGUGGCCGUCUACGGUCGCCUGGAGCAGGUCCUGCCGCGAGACGAGAGGAACUCGUACGAGGCGUCGCUGGUGGAUGCCAACAGCGGUCUCCGCUCGCAACCUUGUGUUCUCACCGGCUAUCCUGUUCUGAGGAACAAGAUCGAGUUCUCGUCUGUGGGAAAGGCCGCCAAUAAAGAAGACUGGAAUAAAUUCCUCAUGACCACCAAGACCAGCCACAGUCCAGAGUGUCAGGACGUCCUGAAGUUCGUCAGCCAAUGGUGCGGCGGCCUCCCCGCGUCCGGGUUCUCCUUCCACUGACGACACGCCAGAAGGUUCUCGAACGAUCCCUUUUUUUUUUUUUUUUUUUUUUUUUUUUUUUUUCCUAAUUGUUGAUUUUUCUCUCGUCAGUUCAGCCCCUUUUUUUUUUUUCUAAGAUGCUCACAAUGCAUUUUUUUUGUCCAUUUAACGCAAUACAUUUUUCAUUUUAUUUAUUUUCAUUUUUUUUUUAGCUUGACAAGAUAUUUUUACGCUGGACUCGCAACAACCUCAUUUCAAUCCUGGUAAUCGGAAAAUAGGACUUAAGCUCUCAAACAACCAUUAUUUAUCAUCAUUAUUACCACUAACUUGUGAUUUUUUUUUUUAUUUAUAAUUUUUUUUGGGGGGGGGUGUAAUGUUUCCCAUCUAAGUGCCCUCAAGCGUUUUAUUUUGUCUUUUUACUCCUGGCGACUCCACUCGCAUUCAGAUGAACCAAACUGAGAUGUUAGGGACGAUAACCGCGCGUGGACAAAAUUGUUGAUAAUAAACGUGCUGAAAAUGAGCUCGUGCAAAACAGGCAACGUUUUAUUUCUGCUCGCUGAAAUCGUUUGACUGGAAUUUGCCCAAAUGUAUGACCAUUUUUCUUUUAUCCACAUAUAUGUGUGUGCGCGUUUGUGUUUAUUCCCCAACUACGACGAUCGCUGAACGUCGUCAAAUCCUUACGGGUAACAUAUACCAUUUUUUUCUUAUGUCCUUCAUCAUAUGCUUCUCUAUGAAAUCUAUUCAUCAAAACUUCAUGGCAUCGCUUCCAUCCUCGAGAGAUCAGCUAAAAGAUAAACACGUCUAUUUUAUGACCUCUGUGUAUGUUUGAACGUGUAUUUUGUGCACAUGCUGUAUUUAUAUUCUAGACGAGCAAAGUUAUGCGAAUACAGUCCAUUUUUGGAAAGUAUUUCCAUCGCUUGACUUUUUCUCCAUUUUAUGUUGCAGCCUUAUUACAAGAUGGAAUGUUUGUUUCCCCGUGAAGUUGCUCACACAUCGUCCCGUCACAUGAUGAAAAAAAUGAAUUUUAAAAAAGAAAAAACAAAGAAGUCACGUGUGUUACGGGGCUUUUGCCUGUCAAAUUUCCUCCAAGAAUUUCGUCCAUUUUUCAAAUAACAACGUAACGUAACACAAAAGCGGAGCACACUUUCUCAAUGCACUCUGAACAACCCAUAGAGAUGAAUUAUACUUUUUUUUUCCCCCGUUUUGCCUCUUUCUUUCUUUCUUUCUUUCUCGCCCCACCUCAUCACCAUGGAGACAGAUUUUUCCAUCUCUCAGGAGAAGGCCUCAUGUACUCGGCAUCACCAACUUUUUAUUUCUAGUGAGAAAGUCAACAUGCUUUUCACGACGCACAGACAGACCAAAGAGUCGCUGGCAAUGUCUUUUAUUUGCUCCAACAAAAAAUACAAUAAAUCAUCAUUUUAAGCAUUCUGUCCACAUACGAUUGGCUUUUUUUUUGUGUGUAUUCAAAUUAGAAACAAGGGCGUCCACGCACACAAAACAGAUAGAAACUUUAUUUCAUCGUGGUAUACGAGUACCGUUUAAAAAAAUAAUUUUGUGUAACUGUAGCGCAUCACACGGAGGUUUCCUUAUUUAGUUGCAUCAAAUAUUAGAAACCUCUACCAACCAUCCAGACACAAGAAUUAGUUGUACAGUUGAAAACUUCUUCCAAAAAAAAAAUCCUGCAAUACAUAAUUCAAUUUA